AUGGGGAAGGUUACUGAACUCAGACAGCUACUGAGGAGUCUCUGCCGUCGCGCGCAAUGGAAGUAUGCUGUCUUUUGGAAGUUCAAGGGACGAAGCCACACGUAAGUUUUAUUCAACCGUCUCCUUGACCUUGCGAAACCAAUUGAUAUCUUCCCCUUCUUUUUACGCCUCUCCCGCGUAAAUUCCGUUCGUUUUACUGUACCUUUGAUUGAGGGAAAAUCGGAUGAACAGUUCUCGACGCUUCCUCUCUCGCUUCUUCCUCCUCCCCGAUUUCUAAAUCUCCGUUUCUUGGAUCAGAAGAGUAGAUAAACGAGCGAAGAGUAUUUUAUUCGGGUUUACGUCAUCUCGGUUCCAAGAAAAUGUUUGAGUUGUAAAAAAAAAACCUUUGUCUUGAUUUAUUUUCCUCGACAAUCCGUCAUCUGAGGGCGAUGAAUUUUGAUUCCGACCUUGUGCCGAGUAUUCCAUACCCACUUGUUGACCCCAUUAAACUAUUUAUGAUGCGUCGAAAAAGUCUAUCCUUGGGAGCCGUUCACGUCUCGGUAGGGAGCUUUCCGGGUUGUGAUCUGGGAGACGAGAGGAGGGCCUGGGUGUUGAGGCGGGGGGGGGAGGCGGGUUUGAGGAAGAGGCUGAUGGCGGGGAAUAGUUGUUAAGGGGAGAAUGAGAGAUGGGUGUGCCUGCUGCUCGGUUAGAGGCGUGGUCGGAGGGUGCUGAUCGGUAGGAGUUUUAAAUGAAAUUUUCGUAUAACAGUGAGGGUAACAUGGUCAUUUACUUGCAUGGUUGAAGGGCUCAGGAACAUAUAGGCCUAUGCCGUAUCAUGCACAUCCUUUCAAAUAAAUGGUUCAACUCCAUGGAUUGAAUAGGCCGCGGCAGUACUGAAAAAUAAGGAUUUCUUGUUUUAGUAGGAUCAAGUGUCGAAGAAAAUAAAUGGAGGUGUGAUUUUAUCUUUCAAAUAUUUUGUAAGGACAGGAAACCAAGUCGGCCUUGCUCUCACAGACUUGGCUGGGGCUAACUAAUCUCGCGUUUUAAAAAUAUGUUUCUAGUGCAUAUUUCAACCGUCACAAUGCUUUUCGGGGUAGAAAUUGUGAAAAUAUAGUAUUAUAAUGGCCAUAGAUUGAAGUAUAACCCCACUCCUUCAUUAGAUAACCAGACCUUGAUGUAUGUGGUCGUUUUAUAUCUCAGAAUACUGCAAAAGAUGUGAAUAAAAGGAAAUCCAUCAUUGACCUGAUGCCAAAAUCUGCUCUUGGAACAGUUGAUCAUCUUCUAAGCUGUGAAAUUCCACAGAUCUUGGAGAAAAACUUUUCUGAAAAAGCAAAGGGUCUUGCCUCAAGUGUCUGUGCUCCGACUCCUCUAUGAUGGCGGACUGUCAAAACUCAUGUAGUUUUUUUUUUUGUUGAAGAAAAACAUGUAUGUGGUUUCUAGGAUAGUUUGAAACCGGCUUCUCUUAUUCAGCAUUCAAUUUCUUUUUCCUUUUUCAGUGAUGUUUUCUACUGAGGUUCUCACACGUUUGAAUGGCUCUCAGGAUAUUGGCGUGGGAAGAUGGCUACUGUGUCCCCUCAAAAUCCACAGUUGCUUGGAAUGGAUAUUACAGUGGAGAAGGUGGAUUAAUAUCCUUCUCCAAUGGAAUGAAUGAAUGGGAUGGAAGCUCUGCAGGAUGUUCCAUUGAGCUAGCUGUUGCAAAUAUGUCCUGUCACUUAUAUUCACUCGGACAAGGGUAUGCAUCGGAAAAUAUUCAAUAAAUUAGGGGAAAAUGUUGCCUUUUAUGACCCAUGAUAUAUUUUUUUGAUGUUUUUUUUAUUUUUCUGCUAAAAAAUCCCUCUCCCCGUUCUUAACGGACGAAAUUUACAAGUUAUCUGUAGAACUGCAUGUAAACUUAGUUAAAUUUUCAUGUUUUAUAUACAAAUGCUACUGUUUCAGCUUUAUCUUCUGGUCUAAAGCAUGAGAAUUCUGAUCUUCUUUGCACAGGAUUGUUGGCAAAGUUGCAUCUACCAGGAAGCAUCGCUGGGUUGUCGCCAAAAGUUUCAAUUCCAAAGUUACUUCAAAGGUCCGUAAAUCGCGAAUAAAAACAUUCAGAAAGAUCACUUCUACUUGGUGCGGGAUAAUAAAAAGCCUGUGUCUUUUAAUCCUUGCAGUAUCCAGAGGAGUUGCAGCCCCAAUUUGCCGCCGGUAUCAAGGUAAUAAGCAUCUCUAUUGGAAGACUGUUCAUUAUAUUUCUUUUAUGGUCUCCACUCCAGCGCUAAGUCUGUGGCUAGUAAAAUAGUUUCUGAUGCUGUUCUUGAUGGGUUAUGAAAUAAAAACGGUACGAGUCUGCCCACUUGUGAAAAUCUUCUGUUUCUAGUUUUCCCGUAGAUGAAGAACGGAGCUUAUAUCUCCACACCAGGCAUGGAUAUGCGCUUUGCCGCUACUCUGCUAAUCUGGUGGGCAGAUGAAUGGUAUUAGUAAAGGAAGAACGAUCGAUAUAUCAUAUACGCGCUCUCCGUUUCUGUCGCCUAGCAUGCGUAUAUUCCUGAUAAAAUCUGCAGUUGGUGUUAUUUUCUCGCCGCCCAUUGUUCCCUUGGUCAUCACUGGCGAGCUCUGAUCGCCCAUUUUAUCACCUUUCAGGCAAUUCUGUUCGUGCCCAUCGUUCCAUUCGGCGUAGUCCAGCUGGGAUCUUUGGAAAUGGUGCGUCUUUUUUUUCCAUCUCUUCGUCGCUCGAUCCGUGCACAUGCGAAAUAUAUGAGAAGAGCCGUUCGUUGUUCUUCAGGUUGAGGAAGAUCUAAGAGCGGUGGCUUUUGUGGAGGACAUGUUCUCCGCCCUCCGGCGCGCCGACGUCGAGCGCCCUGCCGCGGCCUGGGACUCCUUCGACUCCUUCGACUCCUUCUCGCACCCAAAUCUUCUGUCAUUCGCGGACAGAGGUUUCAACCGGCAAGGUCAUAUAUCAAGGGAGCAAGAUUUGAUUGCCCCCAGGGUUGACAAGAUGAGCAAGAACACGGCAGAUAUUCAUCCUCAUGUCUCUCCGUCUCUCAGGGUCCCAGAACUCGCCUCAAUCUCUCAGGAUGACAGCAUACUUGGAAUGGGCGACGAUCUAUGCCUCGAUGGCAACUCCUGGAGGGCAAUUUACAGCGCUAUCUCAGGAGGCGGAGUCGACGAUGAUCAAUCUCUGUGCCCUGAUCUCUCGGAAGUCAUAGAAGAGUGCAUCCCCAUCUUCUCUCCCGAGGACGAGAUCAAAGCUUUUCCACCAGUCGCUUUAUGCUCUCAAGACCAGGAUCUGGUGGGGGAGGUUGACUGGCCCUUUGGAGAAGAACCCUGCUGGGGCCUGCCGGCGGGUUCUGAGCUGCACCAAUCGCUUGGGACUGGUUUCUUUGACGGCUACGGCGGCGGCGGCGGCGGCGACACCUGGUUUUCUGGCGAGAACCUGCUCAGCAGCUCCUCCCCGUCUGAAGAAAUGGCGGAAUCUGGAGCUCAGAGCUUUAUCCCUUCGGAGUUCACCGGGUCGUUCUCUAAGCAGGACGAUCUGGAUCGUCUCCUUGAUUCAAUCGUCUCCGAGUUUCUGGCCUCCGAUCAAUCCGGCGGCGCAUCUCCGACCAGCUCGUUCGGCCAGCUCAACGGCUCAUGUUUGACCCACAUCAAGUCAGAGGUGGACCCACCGGCGGCGGAUCAUCCGGCCUCGAGGAUUUUUCAUCCCGACCCUUCAUUAAAAUCUCCGGCAACCUCUCCGGGCGAGUCCCAAUCCAGGAGCGGCAGCAGCAUGCUGCUGGACGAAGAGCAAACCAAGGGACCAUCUUCCUGUGAGCGGCUCAAGAGGAGGACGGUGUCGCCGCCGUUCCCCCACCGGCCAAGGCCGAGGGACCGGCAGCUGAUCCAGGAUCGUAUAAAGGAGCUGAGGGAGCUCGUUCCCAAUGCUUCUAAGGUGAUCAUCCUUGACCUUCCAGUUUGUCAAAUCAGAGUUGAUGAUGAUGGUGAUGAACGUGGGGGUCUCACGCGCAUUGCUUGUGCUCUUCAGUGCAGCAUCGACUCGCUCCUGGACAGAACGAUAAAGCUUAUGCAGUUCCUCCAGAGCAUUUCGAACCAGGGGGAGAAGCUGAGACAGUACGCCCAGCUGAAGGUGGCGACCGUGGCAGCCCCCUUCUUUGCAGUCAUCUUAAACCGGGUUGACCCGGGCUUUCAUUCUGUGUUUGGUCAACGUUUUCCUACUUCUUGAUGGAUGUGGGCUGAAACCAUGGUUCAGGUCAAAGGCAAGAAGAGGAAAUCCGCAGAGGCCGAUGCCCCCCCGAGCGGAGCGCGCUGGGCCUGCGACCUCGUGAGCGAGGCGGAAGCUUGCCCCAUAGUCGUGGAGAACCUCGAUCAGCCGGGGCACAUGCUCGUGGAGGUAACCCAUCCCUCUCAGUGAAAUCAAAAUCAAUCCCCCCCCCCCCCCUUACCCAGAUGAGGAAGACGAAUGAGAUAGUCAACGCCCCCUCCCCCUCGCAGAUGCUCUGCGACGACUACGGCCUCUUCUUGGAGAUUGCCCAGGUCAUCAAACACCUCGAUUUGACCAUUCUGAGGGGAGUCUUGGAAACGCGGUCCCACGAGCUCUGGGCCCACUUCAUCGUCGAGGUUCUGUCUGUCUGUCUGUCUCUCUCUCUCUCUCUCUUUCUAUCUCUUGAGUUGAGAAUCGGCCGUGGUUAAGUUGACCAAGGGUUGACGCCGUCGUUUCUGAGAUUGGCUUGAUUGGUCAACAGGGGUCGAGGGGCUUUCACAGGAUGGACAUUCUGUGGCCGCUGAUGCAGCUGCUGCAGAGACAUCGUGGUCCUAUCGCGAGCUCAUUUUGA